UGAAUAAGGAGGUCUUUACUCCUUCACAUCACACAAGAACCAGGAGCCACCCAGUGAAAUAGGCAGUCGGUUUGAAACAAACAGAAGGAAGUACUUUACAACGCAGUCAACCUGUGGAACUAGUUGUCAUGGGAUGUGUGAAGGCCAAAAGGAUAACGGGGUUCAAAAAGGAAUCAGAUAGGUCUAGCAAUAGCUGUUAGCCAAGCUAGGCAGGGAUAUAACUCCAUGAUCUGGGUGUCCUUAAGCCCGACUGCCAAGAGCGACGGAUCGCUUGCGAGAUUGCCCAGUUCUGUUCCUUCCUCUGAAGCCUCCAGCACGUGGCGGGCAGGGCAGGAUGGCCCAUUGGUCAGCUCCAGCCCUGUUCUCUGCUCCACUCUCCAGCCCCCGCGGGAGGCUCCUGCCCAUGCUGCAGCCCCAGGAGUUAGCCUCAGCCCCGCAGCAACUGCCGGGGCUCAGCGGGCGCGGGGCUCUCAUGACUUCAGGAGGCGGGUACGGGAAAGGCGAAAACCCCGCGGUGGGGUGCGGUCGCUGCGCGGGCAGUUACCGCUUCCCCGUCAGACACCGCGCGGAAAGCGCAGCUCCGCCGAGCCCAAUCAUGUUGUUUUCCCAUCCGGCAAGAGGGCUGGGCGGGGCACUAGAGGCAGGGCGGCUGUUAAAUUCCCGUCAGGCAGUAGUGCAAACAGCUUAUUCUUGUGUGUUCUGCUUUCCCAUCAAGCCCUGGGACGGGACCCAGGAGGGGGAGGGGGAGCUGAUUGCCUAGCAGGCAGCUCCGGGAUCUGUUUUUCUCUCAGGCAGUGGCGGAGACAGACCUAAUCCCGCGCGGGUGGGGGGGAGAGUGGGGUCCUUGUAAGGCCCGCUGGGGUCUGGCGCACGCGGGGAAGUGCGGGCGCGAGAGUGGUGCCCGCGAGGGGGGGCAGCGGGGGGAGGAGGAGACGGAAGCCGGGAGGCUGCCUGAGGUGAAAUAACAAUGGAUACUAUAUUGUCUCGACUGAAGCAGCUAACACCUGAUGAUCUUAGAGAAGAAAUUGUGAAAGCUGGACUGAAGUGUGGACCUAUUACCUCAACCACCAGGUUUAUUUUUGAAAAAAAACUGGCUCAGUUUUUGUUGGAACAAGAGGGAGAAUUGGAGAUUAGUGCAUCCACUGUUGCAGAGAAAUCUUCUGAAAACACUGCAUUUGAUAGUAGUCAGUCAGAAAUACAAAGAGCUUUGAAAUCUAACGCAGUGAACCAUGAGAGUCAUAUAAACGUCUCUGAAGAGGGAGACUUUGGGUACAGUAUGGGCCUGAAUCCCCCAGAAGAGGAAGCUGUAAUGCACAAGACCUAUUCUGCAUCAGUCUGUGGAGCAGUAGAUGUUGAUUCACAAAUAAAUGUUCAGACACCAUCUAGAGAUCCUCCUUUGUACUAUGGCGUAUGUCCCGUUUAUGAUGACAUAUUGGCAAGAAAUGAGAAAGUGCAUGUUUAUGAUGAUAAAAAGGAAGCUCUGCAAGCUGUUAAGAUGAUUAAGGGCUCCCGAUUUAAAGCUUUCUCCAACAGAGAAGAUGCUGAGAAAUUUGCUAAAGGAAUAUGUGAUUACUUCCCAUCGCCAAGCAAGUCAUCCUUAUCUUUAUCUCCAGUGAAAAUAGGACCAUUAUUUAACAGAGAUGGCUUAUGCUCCCCUGAGACAGAAACAGUUAAUAAAGAAAGAGCCAACAGUUAUAAAAGUCCUCGUACGCAGGACCUUACUGCCAAACUUCGGAAAGCUGUAGAGAAAGGAGAUGAAGCAACAUUUUCAGAACUUAUCUGGAGUAACCCACGCUAUCUGAUUGGAUCUGGAGACAACCCAACAAUUGUACAAGAAGGGUGUAGGUAUAAUGUCAUGCAUGUUGCUGCCAAGGAGAAUCAAGCUGGUAUCAGCCAGUUGCUAUUAGACACUUUGGAAAAUCCUGAAUUUAUGCGGCUCAUGUAUCCAGACGAUGAUGAAGUAAUGUUGCAGGAGCGCAUUAGAUAUAUAGUUGACCUUUACCUUAAUACGCCGGAUAAAAUGGUAUUUGAUACUCCAUUGCAUUUUGCUUGCAAGUUUGGGAAUCUGAAUGUGGUUAAUGUGCUUACCUCGCAUCCAGACAUUGUAAAAAAUCCAAGAAACAAGUAUGGUCAAACUCCAGCAGAAGUAAUCUGUGAAAGAAACAAAAAUAAAUCAAUGGAACUGAAAGAGAAAAUAAGAGAAUAUUUGAAAGGUCGGUAUUAUGUGCCACUCUUGCGAGCAGAAGGCAAUUCCUCAGCUCCAGUGAUUGGUGCACCUUGGUCACCUGAUCAAUCAGAUGAUAACCCCCUUACAGCUUUACCUAAACACAGUGGCAGCCCCAAAGAUCCAGUCUUGUCAGUGAGAGCUUUUGCAGGCCCAAUGACUCCCUCCAAGGCAGAAGAAUUUCGCAGGCUUUGGAAAACUCCACCUAGAGAGAGAGCAGGCUUCUUUCACAAUGUCAGGAAAUCCGAUCCAGAAAGAGGAGUUGAAAGAGUUGGAAGGGAGUUAGCUCAUGAGCAGGGGUUCCCGUGGGUUGAAUACUGGGAAUUUCUGGGCUGUUUUGUUGAUCUGUCUUCCCAGGAGGGGUUGCAAAAAUUAGAAGAAUACCUGAGUCAACGGGAAAUGAGUGAAAAGGCUCAGCAAGAAACAGGAGAAAAUGAUACGUGCAACAGAUAUAAAACUCCACAUCCUUCUGGCAAAAGUAAAAAAUGCUGCAAUUCAAUUUCUGUUGGAGCAUUUUUAGAUGAAGAUGAUGAUGACAUGAGCUUGGAAGAAAUUAAAAACAGACAGAAUGCAGCACGGAAGAACAGCCCUCCUGUUGUGUCUAAGAAAUCGAGUAUAGAUGCUAUUGGAGAUUCGGAGUGUGACAUCCUGUCGAUGGAGCACAAAGUAAACAUUAUAGAAACGUCGGACCUGUCCAUGCAUUACGAGAAGGAGGUUUCAUCCAGCAAAAAUGGAUUUUGCAGCCCUGUAACUAAUGAGAGGAUAACUAGUGACAGAAAACAUUCACAUGGUGGAGAGGAGUGCCUUAUAUCCCCAGUCUCCAAUUUAAUGGCAGAAUUUGAAAGACUGUCUUUCCAAGGCCAAGCAGUGGCAGGGGAAUGUUUGGUGGGGAAAUUGAACAAAAUCACUGCAAAAACUGAGAAUGAGCAAGUUUUGGCUGAAGGAAUGAGCCAGGUCAGAAUAUCUAAGGACCAGCUGGGUAAAACCUGCUCAGCACUUUCUGUGGCAAGCUGUUCUGAGCCAGCUACUACGGAAAAGCCUGGAGAUACAAAACUAAGGACAGAAAACAAAAUACCCUCAGAAGCUGAAAGACUGUCAUUGGACCCUGGUAUUUGGGACAAAGACACACAGCAGCUUGGCAGUCUUGCAGUGCAAUCUGAGUGUGCUGCUUAUUUGUGUCAAGAGCCCUCUUCUCAGAGAUUUCUUUUGAAGACUCCAUCAACAAAUGAAAAUACAAAGAAGUUAUUCCUCUUUGGGGAACAACCAUCAAAGCUGGAUAGUGAUGUCUUAGCAGCUGUAGAAGGAGUAGAAAUUGACCCACAGAAAUACCCCAUUACUUACAAAUGGAAGAAUGCUGUACAGUCCUACUCUUCUUCUGACAGGCAAAGUUGGCCAAGUCCAGCAUUGAAAGGAAGGUUCAAGUCCCAGUCUGUUGCAGCAGGCCCACCAAAUGGUUCAACGUACUCUAGCCCAAGAAGAAAUAGUCCGGUGCUGGGCAGCCCAGGGAAAUAUGGCAAUGUUGCUUCAUUUUUUCCAGAUCUUGGGAGUCCUGGGCGGUACAGUCCAGCAUAUGCCAACAAUAUACUGUUGUUAAAACUGCAUCACUUGUCAAAACCUCCUUCCCAUUAGAACAUAACUCAUCUUCCUGGGACUUCAAUUAUAUUUUUAUUUUAAGAGUGGAGGGAAAAAAUUGUAGCAUUGCUAAGGUGACAUGAGGAAGUGUCUUUGGCUAUUUAUUUAUCCUCAUUCGAGGACAAAUUCACAUUUUAAAAAAUAAAUGUCUUUACUUCAUGUACCAGAUAGAUUACUGGUGAUUUGCAAGAAGUUAGAGAAGUUCUCUUAUCCAGUAGUUAUACAGUGAAUAACCCUUAUUCUUGUUAACAGUAGAGCAGUGAUCUGAACCUUUCACUUAGUGAUUCCUGCUAGAAAUGGUGGUGGUUACUGUAGGCCAAAUGUGAUAGUCAGAAGGAACCCAGAGAUGCAUUUUUAUCGCCUGGAUAACUUUGAAGCAUCUUAUCAAUAAACAGAACUCUAGGUUAAAGGGAAGUCAAAUGCAUUCAUAUUUCAUUUACAACAGGAAAAAAAAUCAAAUUAAAGAACUGAAAGUUUAACGUGGGCAGUUACCUCUUCCCUGUUCGAGUACGAAUUUGACUCCCCACUGCCCAAUAGACAACAGUUCAGUCUAAACACUAAGAAAUGUCUAAAAUGAAGAUCAGCCAGAGACUUUGAGGGGUCACUUCUCAUUCUGAGGAUAAUAAAAACACAUCACAGAUUUGGAGUUUUAAGAAAAGGGGCACUAUAGAAUUUAGUGAUUUAUGGUUGGGUUAGUUUGAAGAUAAAAGCUCAGCUUUUUCCCCCAAAAGCUUUUGCCAUUUGCAGACUUCACUAGUAAUUACACAAAAGCACAUCAGCAAUAAUUUAAGUAAGUUUACCAGUGAUGUAUGUGAAUAGUUCAGUUUAAUGUGAUAUAUUAUGGGGCUAAACAAAAACUCAUGAAGUGGUUUCUUAUUUCCUAAAUGUUAAAAGGACUAAGACAUUGUUUUUAUUGAAAUACAAAUUCUUGUCUGUAGUCAAGAUACAGUAAUUACCUUUUUGUUAGCUACAAUGAAAAAUAAUUUCUCAGUAUUCUUCAAGGAUGAACCCUUGUGAUAGUGCUAUAUGGAAAUGUUUCUAAACUUGAAACAGACACACAGAGUGUAGAUUUUGAUAGUUCUGUUUUUGCUUAAGAAAAGGCUUUCAGUAGUGUAAUUCCCUAUUAUAGUUUCUAUCACAGAAUUAAAAAUAAUCUUUAUGAUAGACAUCUGGUCAAAGGUACCAGAGGCAUGGGAGUAGAAAACACUACUCCCCAUUGCAAGGAAAAAAUAGAACCUCAAAGAGCUUUUGUAAGAUGCAUAUGUAGCUAAAGGAACCCUAACAGUAGCCGGGAUGUCAUAGUAUAUUGUUAGCCAACUGUGGGACCUUUAUUACAUCACAGAGGCUGGAUUAAACUCAACAAGAUAUGGCUGCUUUGGUAGCUAUUGCACACUAGAGUAAAAUGACUGUUUCUGACACACACACUGUAUACUUCUGAAUAUAUUCAUUGUUUGGUACAAACUUCAAAACUGCACUUAAAGCUUAAUAGUGCCUUUUUGUAACAUUUUUAAAUUAGCAUUUUUGUUUGUGGUUUUAAAAGUGGCAUCCACUUACAUGAGACUUUAAAAUGUAGUUUUUCCCCUCCAAGACUCUGAAUGGAAAAGUAUUCUAAAGGUUUGUUCUAGAGCUUAUUGUUUUGAUGAAAUUGCAAUUACAGAUGUAUGUUUUGGAACUGUGUUUAUAAGUGGUUUAAAUGGAAAUUAUGUAUUGAUUCCUAUGAGCUGAAUGUUAGAAAUGAGCCACUACCUUCUAACUGACCACCAUUCAAAUAUAAUCCACCCAAGUUGCUUUAUUGUGGAACUCGCCUCCAAAAAACAAAACAAAAACAACCCUAUUUUAUUGGUAACUUUUCCAGUUGCUAUUAAUCUUUGUUGCGGGAGGAGUCUGUAUCACACAUACAUUUCAGUUGCUUUAACUUCUAACUUAUUAAAAAUCCAUUUCCCUAAACUUUCUGGACUGUGUGUAGUAAU